UGUAUCUUGUUGCGAAUCUGGUAAUCUCCUCCUUGACCGUUGGUAUUCCGAGGUCUUUCCUUAUGUCCUCGUUUCUAACGUACCAUGGGGCGUUUACUAUUGUUCUAAGGAUUUUGGCUUGUAUUGUUUCGAUUUUGGUUAUAUGACUCAUUGCUGCUGUUCCCCAUAGUGGAAUUCCGUAUGUUCAGAUUGGUUUUAUGAUUAUUUUGUAUAUUUUUAGUUUGUUUUCUGUGCUUAGUUUGGAUUUUCGGCUUGUUAACCAGUGCAUUUGUCUCCUUGCUGUCUGUAUUUUGUCUAUUAUUGAUUUGAUAUGCUGUUUCCAUUAUGAAGUGUGUAUCUAUGUGAAGUCCAAGGUAUUUGACUUGCCUUGUUUGUGUUAUUUGCGUGCCGUUCAGGAAGAUGUUUGGUGUUAUCUGUUUUCUCAAUGUGAAUGUAAUGUGGUUGCAUUUGUUAGGGUUAGCUUUGAUUUGUUUGUCCUGUAGCCACUUUUCUAUUUUUGUGAUGUGCUCUUGUAGUAUUGUGGCUGCUGUUACAGGGUUAGUGUGCCUGACUAGCACGGCUGUGUUUCCAGUUAUAUGAGGCAAAAACAACAUGUUGUAGUAAAGUUUUUUAACGAAGCUGUAACAGUUUAAAUGUCGACAAUUUUUCAUUGAAAAUUUAAUGAUCCUUUAAUUUCGUACGACAAUUCAUAUAUAUAUUCAUAUUUAUUUAUAUAAUUCAUAUUUUGCCUUUCAUUCGAUGAUUGCUGACAGUUUAUAUCCAAGAAUAUUAAAUUAUCGCUUAAUUUAUUAUCGGUACUGAAUAGUUGUUACAAUGUUCGUGUCUAAUGAAGAGAAAAAAUUAAGAAGAUAAAAAGAAUGCGAGAAGAUGUUUUAAACAUUGGAAGAAGGAAAACAACACGGUGGAUAAUAUUAUUUAGAAGGUGACAGAAUGAGUGACGCUGUGAUGCAAGAGUUGAAAGAUUUCCAUUUAUUGACUAUCGGUCAAUCCAAUUGUACCAGAUGUAUUGAAGAAGAGAAGAAGCUAGAUAUCGCGUACUUAAACGAAUACACGGAGCAAGCGCAUAAUAUAUGCAAAUUAUUAGAGCAAGAAAGGAACUCAAUUAUCACGAUCGAUGCUCCAAGUGGAUUUGGUAAAACGUCUCUUCUGUGUACUUUCGUUGUAAACUACCAGGAACCAGUAAAGUUUAUUGUAUUCCGGAAAGACCAGGCAAGUGAAAUUUCGUUGAAGGAAAUAGAGACGUACACGUCUAUAUCUUUUUGUAUGCAUCAUCUCAAUCUACCAUAUCAACGAGCAAUUCAAAUGUUUCAAAAGUCCAGUAAAGAUAAGAUUGAAGAACUUUAUAAGUUAAUCUUGUACUCUAAAAAAUUUGUCGCUGAAGGCACAUCCGUUCUUAUUUUAGACACGUACACUAUACCCUCACCGGCUAUGUUGCUUCUAUUAUACAUACUGUCCCUUAAACAUGAGCUGCACUUAAUUUUUGCUGGGGAUGCUAUGCAAUUAAGUUCUGUCAAUAAAUCUGUAUUUCAUAAGGAAAGUAAUUAUUAUAUUAUUCAGAUAUUGAAGGACUUGACAAUAAGUAAUUUAAAUGAAAACAUGCGAAUACAUGACACCGUGUUUAGAGAGAAUGUAGCAGAUUUUUAUGAACUUCUGCAGCAAGAACAACCUGCUGGGAACGUUCCGUUGAAUUACAAGCUACGUUACCAUCUAUACACUAUGUUUCGAUCGAAAUAUUUCACUGAGGAACGUUUUGAUACUAUUUAUAUUGCUCAAACUCAUCGUAACAUUACAAAACGUUUAUAUCGCUUUAUUGAUUAUCUGAAGUCGAAAAAUAUAACGUAUUAUGAAGCACCAUUUCUUUAUGGACUACAUAAUGCCAAGUUCUCUCGUGAUAGUCGUAAAGAUAAACAUUUUCCCACCUUGCUGAUAGUAAAAGGAUACAAAUAUAUAUACAUUAAUGAAGAAGGUUUCCAUCAUGUUGUUGUCUUGGAGGAUAUACUGCUUAAAAACGACGAAAUUGUGAGUUUGAAAAUCCGUUUUUUAAAAGAUAAAAAUCGCGUUGAAACAAUUGUACGGGUUAAGCUUAAUUAUUAUCAGAUUUUACCAGAUUAUCGUAAUUGGUUAUUCAAAAACCGUGUGAUAAAUAAUAGAAAUGAUAUAUGGCAAUUUCCUUUACGUCCAUAUACGCUGACAUAUCAUGCUACUCUAGGACGAACGAUCGACGAAGCGAAAGUAGAGCUUAGUGCCGAGUGUAUGUACGCUAAUUUCUUACACAUUGGUCUUUGUUCCGUACGCCACGAUUUUGAUAUUCAUAAAAUUCACGAUGAACGAAAUCUGGCAGGAUAUUUGAUGACGCAGUAUAUGGAAACUCUUUCACUAAAAAAAGACAGUGAAAAAUACUAUUAUCGUUGUCAGUUGGAUAAACAUGAAAUUUAUGACCUUAUUGUUAAUAAUAAAAACAGCGAGAGUCUAGAUAAUAUCGAAUGGAUGACUACGGAUGAUAUACAUAACUUUGAGAAGAACCGUAAUAACUUUAUCCGCAUUGAACGUAGUAAAUAUGAACAGUCCAACAAAAAAGUGGAUACACCAUUCAUGCAAAUUACAAAAUUUAUCAAAGAAAAUCCACACGUGAUACUUAAUACAAUUGAAAUGGCACCUGUUGACGAUUUUGACAAGUAUUGCAAUAAGGAAAAGAAAAAGAAGAAACAGCCACCAGAAAAUGAAAAGGAUGAAAAAUCACAUGCAUUAUGUUACUUACUUCAUGAAUACGAUCAGUGGGUUGUUAAAAAAGAAAAGGAUUUUCCAGAAUAAGUCUGUGUGCGAGUACUAAAGAAAAUUCAUAAUUUUAUAUUUUAUUUUGAUAUAUUUUUGUAAGAGUCUCUAUACAUAUAUGGUUUAAGCGAUUGAAAAUUAAUGUUACUGAAAGUAUAAUUACUACAUUACAGAUGUUUAUAUAUUUAUGGAAAAUUGAACCCAUUUGUAUCCAAGCGCGGAUUAAUCCGCGCGCUGCGACUGUCUUCUAUCACUAAGCGCGAAUUAUUAUGCGAUCUGCGAUUGUCUUCUAUAUAAAAAAAUAUAUGUAAAGAAGAUGUCGUUUUAUUAACAACUAUGUAUAGCUUAAAAUUUGCUAAAACAGAGAAAACAAACCGAUAUACCGGACAAAAAUGUGUAGAACCAACAAUAGUAAUUGAUUAUAAUCAGAAUAUGGGUGGAGUUGAUGUUGGCGAUCAAAUUUUAAGUAAAUUUCAUACUCUGCGAAGAUGUAAAAAAGCCUAUAUGAAAAUAUUUUUUUACCUCAUAGACCUGUUGUUACUAAACAGUUAUGUAAUUUUUAAAAAUCAUAAGAAGGAUCGAGCUUUUCAUAUUUUUAAACAACAAUUAGCCGGAGAAAUUAUUGGCGAAUAUUUACUAAAUAUAAAAGUAAGUGAGGCAUCUAAUGAUUCCAUAACGCGAUAUACUGGCAAGCAUUUUCCUAUUCGGAUACGUCCAACUCCAGCAAAGGGAAGCAGAACGCCAAAGCGAUGCGUUGCAUGCUUAUCCAAACGUACUUGAAGAGAAACGGUCUUUAAAUGCCAUAUUUUAAAUGCCAGAAUUCCAUGAGAAAUAAUAUGAUUUAAUUUCCAUUUUAAUCUAAAUAAUUUUUUUUUAAAUAAAUAAUUUUUACUUUUUUCCUCUGUUAUAAAGAAUGUAAGAUGCGAUGUUUGCGAGGUAACAUUGUCUAUCAAUUGUUUUGAACAGUAAAUUUUUGAUAAACUCUAUGAAGAGUUCGGAUGUCAUUUAAAGCACCUACGACCGACCUCGUGCGGUGAUGGGGACCAGUCGCCAGUUGAACGCCGCUGAUGCCUUCAAAUGGCCCUUUAAGUAGGGCCAUGAUGCAAAUGGGUUAUAGAUGCAAGAAUGAAUUAUGUGUAAGAUUGCAGUUCUGUGUCCGUGUUCUUAAAAAUUUAAGUUUACAUAAACAUCCGCAAUUUAAUAAUUAUGUUAAGUGUUCAAAUGGGUGCUUCUUGGGUUACAUUCAUAACAUGUUAUAGAAUUAAACUUAUGUUUUGUUAUAUGCCUCGUUAUUCCUUUGUUGUAAUUAAUUCAUAUAUUCUGUAAAAAAGCAAAAGAACGAAAGGCCACUUAACCACCUAUCUAUGCGCGCAAAUUUACCUCGAGUUACUACUACGCCUGACCGAAAAGACUGUCGAGUGCAAAGGAUUAAAAAUUGAGGAACCUUAGGACUUAUUUGACUUAACUUGUAACCUCUUUGUAUUAUUUUUUUACAAAGUGCAAUUUAAGAGAUGGUAAGAGAGAUCUAAAAAGCUUCAAAAAAAAUAGAAAAAUAGUAAAAAGAACUGUCCUAAUAUACAGUAGCGGACAAAAGAUUAAGACGAAAUGGAAAAAAUAAAUAAUUGAUUUACUUUCCAUAAAAAAUAUAAAUACAGUGUUCUACUUUUGGUAUUAACUGAUUAGACAUUUGUUUAUAUACUGACAAAAAAAUUUCAUUUUGAUAUUUUGUUAAGUUAUAAAAAAGGAACGAAAUCUGUAUAAUAUUUCGUCGGUCAGAAGUUUAAGACUACACAAAAAUAUUAAUUUUUGGUAAGAAAAUAUACACAAUUUUUGUAUAUAUUCAAUAUUUUGUCCAAUAUCCGUUAUUUCUUAUCACUUCGGUACAUCUUCUUGGCAUAACAUCUAUUAAUUUUUUACAUUGAUCUACCGCAAUAUUACUUCAAGCUGUUUCAAUUAUAAGUUCAUUAAAAUUUUUUGGUUUAUAAGCUUGUACUGUCUUUUUAUAAUGCUGCACAAAUUCUCGAUUGGAUUAAUGUCUGGUGAUUGCGACGGCCACGGCAACACGGUAAUAUUUUCUUCUUCAAAAAACUGUUUCACAACCCGAGCCGUGUGCUUCAGGUCACGAUCAUUUUAAAAAAUAAAAUCAUCACUCAUAUUGUUGCGUGUAAAAGGCAACAUUGUGUUCUUCAGUAUGUCCAUAUAUUGAAAACGGCCCAUAAUUCUGAGGUGGUUGUUGGUGACGGUACCCACAAGAAAUACUCUUGAUGUUCGACAAAAAAGGUUUAUUAAACUAUUAACAAUCAACAGUCAACAAUUUACGAUCAACGAUUAACGAUUAACUAUCACGAGUUAAUAAUCACGUAUCUCGAAUUGUAUUUGCUUCGCUAUGACGCUAAACCCAACCCUUCGGUUGAUCCCAAUAGAUGUGUGCCUUUAAAAAUUUAUACCAAACUUGCUUACGAGCCGUUUCUGACUUGUUCACUAUAUUUGCUAUUUCGGUGUAGGUUUUACUUUGCUUUCGCAGCCUUACGAUUUGUUCCUUUUCGUUUUCAAGGAAAUUCUUUGAUUUACCCAUAGUCUGUUCCUACCUAAAUGAAUUUUAAGUAAUAAAACUAUACUAAACAAUAAUUUUGAUAUUUCAGAAUCCAAAUGUUCAAAAACUCCCGUUUUACACAGAUCGUUUUAAACUAGUGCCCGCUGUUUACAAGUGCUAAGCGGUGACUAACUGUUGUAACUCCUACAUUGUUUGUAUUUAACAGCUGACGGUCUGAGGUUGCGAAGGUCAAGCUAUAUUAUUCCAAAGAGACAAACCGAAUAGAAAAACAAUAUGCGUAUGAUGUUUGUAAUCCGGUUUACAAGUCAUCGUCUUAAACUUUUGUCAGCUAUUGUACAGUUACAAUAAAUAUAUAUUUGAUACUUUUGUCAUAAUUGUUCAUUAUAUUUUUGCAUUUCAUAAUUUUGUGAAAUAUGUUAAAAAAUCUAUUUUUUAAAAUUUUAAAAAAUAUUAUCUAAAUUUAACACACAAACAAAGAAGAUAUUACAAGAAGAAGAUUUUCAUUGAUAAUUGUUUUCAUUCAGAAUUAUAUUUUUUCGUUAGUACUGUAUUGUAAGUAAUGAGAGGAUAAAAAUAGUUCUUUGGCAUUUUAUAAAAUAUAUUGAAUUAAUAUUGUUCUUUUUUUAUAUAACAUUUUAUUUCAUUUCAAUACGUAUGUAUUAUUAUUAGCAGAACCUUUAUAUAUAUCAAAAAUCAACAGUCGACCUUUUUAUUUUAUUUUAGUUAAAAGUUAUAUUUUAGUAUUAAAGCGAAAGUAAACAGUUUAAUAUGCAAGUAUUGUUCAAGUGCGAAUUAGUCUUGAGUAUACUUAUAAGUAAAAUAAUAUCGUUUAAUAAUUUAUAAUUUAAGUUGAUUCUACAAGCUGAUUGAAAGACUUACAAAGGAUUAAAAGACUUUAAAUAAUGUAUAAGAUAUUUUUACAAAUUCUACAAAAUAUUUUGAUGAUUAUAAAUUGUUAAACAAAGUGUCAAAUUUUAAUUAAAAGGAUGAAGAUGGAAGAUUAUAUCAGUUUACAUUGUCUCUUACUGAUGGUUGUUUAGAAACCUGUAGCAUUGAUUUUGUAAUUGUCAAUUUAGAGGUACGAAAUUAAUUGAUUUUCAAGAACGACAUAAAUAUUCCAAAAAUAAUGAUAAAUGAAGAGUAUAGGAGAAGAACGCGAUAAGUAAUGUCCUUCAUUUUCUACACGCAGUUUUAAGGUUCAGUCCUCAUUGUCAAACAAUCCCAAAGUUGUUACCAAAAAUGUAUGUUAUUUAAUUUUAAAGUUAUGUAUUAUAGUUUUGGCUCGUAUAAUAAAUAAUAAGCAACUGGUUUCUGACUCGAAAUAAACAGUUCGCUAUCCCCUCUUCUUUAUUUCUUAUACAACUCAGCGACAAAGUGAGAGUUCCAAGCAUGAGUAAGAGGUCUGCGAAAGCCAGAAGCCAUCAAUUUUUGUGAUCGAAUGAACAACAACAUCGUUUAGUAGAAGAUGAAUAGAAUAUGUAUAAUGUCUUCUCACUCUAGCAUUAGCGAUUCUGAAAUGUUAUAUGCUCCUCGGCCAAUCACUUUUUGAUUUACCGCUAUCUCCAACCUGUCACUUGUUCUGUGUGUUCUUUCUUAUUGCGUUCGAAAACAAAGUCAAGCCGAGUAGCAUAUGUGGUUCCUAAUAAGCAACCAGUCGAUCUCGACUCUAUGUUGCUUAUUUCGAGGUUGUACUUGUUAUAAUAUUAAAAUAUUACUUUUUUAUAGUUAUAUCUUCGGUUUAUAAAGUAUAUCCUUGUUGGAAAGACGUAUAUCUUUAUAUCUAAGAGGUUCAUCCGAUUUUUAAAUAAGUUUUUAUUAUAAAGUGAUAUUAAAAUAAAAAUAUUGCUGAAAAUAUA